AUGAGUUCCACUGGGACAAUAGAGCUCGAUCACCAACAGCGCCAUGAACCAUCCAAUCCAAUCCAAUCCCUCCAACAGUUUGCUCUGCCAGCACCACCACCACUAUCAGUAAGGAUGGCACUGUUGCGAGAGCAAGAAGCAUCAAAAUGCAUGAUAGGCGACAACCAUUACCUACACCAGUGGCGACUGGAUGGCAAGAAGCAGCUCUCACCUUUGUCAACAUCUUGCUGGGCACAGAUCGAACGCUGUAGCUCAAUUUUUACCAAUUCCGGCUCAAAAAUCAAUCCCCCAAAAAGCAAACAUUUCCCCUUGUCUUGUGAACCUUUUGCGAGACCGUUACCAACACCAUCGAAUCGCUCUGGUAUUGCUUUGAGUCGACGUUAUCACAACAGCACAGCGGUCCUUGGAGAAAUGUUUCACACCCUUUUUCACAGCCGUUUUUCAUACUUUAUUUGGAUGGUUUACCUGGUAUUGCCAGUCAGGUCAAUUGCAGCUUCAAUUUGGCAGAUUUCGCUGGUCCCGCAGGUAAAAUCCGCAUUCGUGUAG